AUGAUAACAACAAAUUUUACUAAACCCUAUAUACCUAGAAAGAAAAAUAAUAAUAAUAAUAAUAAUAAUAAUAAUAAUAAUAAUAAUAAUAAUAAUAAUAAUAAUAUAAAUAAAAAUAAUAAUAAUAAUAUAGAUACAAAUAAUAAUAUAACGUCUGCAUCGAUUAUAGCUACAGCAAUCGAAAGAGAUUUACAAGUAAAAAAAACAUACGAGAAUUUUUAUACAGAGUUUCCAUCAUUAAACGAAAUAUAUAAAAAUAAUAAAAAUUUAUCAAAACAAAAUGCAUCACAAAAAAAUUCAAAACAUUUUAAAAAAAAUUUAGAUACAAUCAAAUUUAAAGUAAAUAAGAAUUUUAAAGAGAUAUGUGAAAAAACUUAUUGUAAUUGUAAUAGUAAAUUUUUAUCAUGUUAUUGUGAUCAAGCUAAAGAUAGAGCAUCAAAAUCACCAGAAACACAAAGAGAAUUAGAUCAAUUAACAGAGUUUCAUAAUGAAAGUUUAAAGAAUUCAGAAAGUAAUUGGAAGAAAAGAGAUUUAUUAUAUUACUGUUUUAUACAAAGAGAUUCAGAGGCUCAGGUUAUUUAUGAUUUUAUCAGUCAAGUUUGUUCUUUUUAUAAAUUAUCAUUCGAGUCAAUGUUAGAUAUUGGUUGUGGUUUAGGUCGUAUGUUUUCCGAAUGGGAAAAUUCAAAAUUUGAAGUCAUAGAAGCAUUCGAACCUGAUAUCGACUAUUAUAAAUUUGCUUAUAAUUUUUCAAAAAAUACAUGUAAUAGGGUAGAAGUUUAUCAAUUUGGAUUUUUAGAAUUAAAUGUUUUAGAAAGAUACAAUUUAAUAUGCUCAAUUCAUGGACCAUUUCAUUAUUUGGACAGUUUAGAGGAUAGAAUAAAAGCAAUGAAAAAUAUGUAUGAUGCUCUUAAACCAGGCGGUAUUGUUUUAAUAGAUAUUUCAAAUUUCAUGUGUGGUCUUUCAAAUAUUAUGAACAAUAAACAACAACGUAAAAUGAUAAACGGUCAAUCAGUCAUUCGUACAAGUAAUAUCAAAGUGGAUGCUUUUCAUGGCAAAUGGUAUGUGGAUGAUAUAUUCUUUAGCGUGGCCGAGCCAUUCCAUGACACCUGUGAAGAUCGUGGAUCGUUUGGUAAUGGUCAUUUAGUAGUCGAAGAAUUGUGUUUCUCUAUUAUCUCCAAACCAGAACUAGAACUACUUAUGAUAAGCACAGGCUUUAAGAAUAUCAAAUAUGCAUCUCAAUGGGACUUUUCCUCAUUUUUAGAAGAUGGUGGCAAUUCUGUUAAUAACCAGGGUCACAGAAUUAUUAUGACUGGCCAAAAACCUUUCAAUAAUUAA